AUGCUUCUUGUAUUCCGAGACUCACCAACUGAAAAGUGGGUCGACAUCUUGAGCGGAUGUCGCAGUUCCUAUGCAUCCAUCCAUGAGAAGCAUCUUCGCUUUAUCAAGCACCCCGAACUGCUGGCCAAGCUACCUGUUGAUCCUCUGGCAGACGACGCCGACUCGCCCUGGGAACUGGUGCGCAAAGAUGAGCUCAUCCGGUCGGAAAUCCUGCAGGAUGUCCAACGGCUGCCGGAUGACCCCCUUUAUCACCAAGACUCUGUCCAGGCCAUGAUCCUGGAUAUUCUGUUCCUCUACUGCAAACUCAAUCCUGGUGUGGGAGGCUACCGGCAGGGGAUGCACGAACUGCUUGCCCCCAUCGUUCAUGUCCUCAUCCAGGACGCUCUGGACCGAAAGACUGUGGCAGCCGAACAAGAGGUUGGCCCGUUUAUGCUUGACAUGUUGGACUCGGCAUACGUUGAACAUGACGCUUACACUAUUUUCUCCAUGCUCAUGGCACGCGCAAGCGCCUUUUACGAAGUCGGUAGUGAUGCAAAUGGCGAGCAAAACACCAUUGUCGAGAAAAGUAGGCACAUUCACGACGAGUUGCUCAUGCAGGUCGAUCCUGAACUUGCAAGCCAUCUCAAGGAGAUUGAAAUCCUUCCUCAGAUAUUCCUCAUCCGCUGGAUCCGCCUUUUGUUUGGUAGAGAGUUCCCUUUCGAACAGUUGCUUGUAUUAUGGGAUACGAUUUUUGCUCUCGACCCAAACUUGGAUCUGAUAGAUCUAGUAUGUGUAGCCAUGCUACUGAGAAUCCGAUGGACAUUACUCGAAUGCGACUACGCCAUGGCUCUGCAACUCCUCCUCCGCUACCCAGUCCCUCCAGACUCUCAAGGCCCUCACACCUUUGUCGAUGACGCCCUCUACCUACGAGACCAUCCUAACCCCACUGGUGGCGCCACCGUCAUCUUCAAACACACCGGAAAGCACCCGCUGCUCUCAUCAGCCGCUCCUUCAGUCACUAGCCCAGGUCCCCAACCGCCAGCCUCGCCCUCCAAACAUGGCUUUGGCAGCUUGCGUCAGCGGACUCUAGGAGCCAGGUCACCGUUGUCCUCCCUACAACAACCCGGAGGCGUUGAAGCCUUGCUCUCCGGCGCUGCUAAGAACAUGAUUGAACGCGGAGAGAAACUGGGCAUCAACCGAGCCGUAAGAGACGCCAUGGGCGAGAUCAAAAAGGGUCUUCAGGAAGCUCGCUCAUCUAGUAGGAGUACAGCCCCCCGCAGCCCUUUGCGCGACGGAUAUCUCUACCAACCACCGCAACAUACGGUCACAAGUAUGCAGAAGAGGAACAGACAGCUAGCGACCAUGUUGGACGAAUCAGUCACCAGCCUCAAACAGCUCGCCGCUUCGGGAUUAGGGGAAACAACCGACAAGGAAAAGUACGUAGAAGCCGUGGAGAUUGCCGCGGCAAAGGUCCAGUUUGUCAAGGCGUGCCUGGAGGACUCAUCAUUGAUACUUGAUGAUUUGGAGGAGUCCGCUCCUGAGCGUGAACCACAAGCACCGUCGUCCCCGACUCCCUCUGCUCCGGCCUUCAACGCCCUCAGCCUGUCGCCUUCCCGCCACAGGGGUAAUACCGAUUCAAGGUCACCGACGGUCGCCUUGGAUAUAACGCCGGUGGUGAUGACUUCGUCGAUCGUGGAAGAGGAAGCGGAAGCCGAAGUUAGCAUAUCACAAGCAUCGACUAUCAAUACCCUCCCCCCUGCACCUGCACCUGCACCAGAAUCAACGGUGGAAGCGGAUGAACCGCCCAAAACCCCAACGGAAAUGACGACGCCGGAAAACACCAUAAGCAAGCGCAGAACCAGCAAUGGCAACGACCCCUCUUCAUCUCCCGCCGGCAUCCACAAGCCACCAGCAUCACCGCCCUCAGCCAACCCCAUCGAGCCAACACUAUCAUCACCACCAACCCACCCAGACCCCGUUUCCUCUUCCUCACCCUUGCAAUCAGAAACCCGAGAACAACAACAGCAACAAGAACAACAAGAACAACAGGAACAACCGCCUCACCGCCCUGAACCCCUUCCCACCCGCUCAACCAUAGCCCAAUCCUCCUUCGCCUGGAUGCUCGAACCCGACUCUCCUUCUUUCUCCGCCCCUAACUCUUCGUCAACACAGCAACACUAUACCAAGAAUACCUUCCCCCCACCCCGCUCGCCCACCACCGCUUUUCCAGAAUUAGGUGGUCGUGGUCGACCAUUUAGUUCUCACACCUCUAGCCACCCCAUCACUGGGACGGGAGGAGGAGCUAAAACUAAGCCAAGGAAGAAAAGUCUCGGAAAGAGUAGUCGCAUGAGUAACGCCUCAAGGGAACGUAAUGCGUUUCUUUUUGGCGAUGAUGAUGAGGAUGGUGAGGGCCAGGCUGCGGGAGGAGGAGGAGGGGGGGGAAAGAAAUCGGGACUCGCAAUGGGGCCGUUGGGAGAUGGGAUUUUUGGGUUGGAGGUUAUCUCGAGGAGUAAAGAGAGGCAGCAGGAGAAGGAUGGUGGGAAGGAGGGUGAUGGGGCGAAAGGAGAGGAGGGAGUGGAGGAAGAGAGGUGAUGCGGGAUACGAUGUGUGAGCUUUACUUAUACUCAAUGCUGGUGGUUGAGAUCUUAUUGGCAAGGCGUUUGAUCUCGGUGAUGCUUCAGAAUUGCCUUGGUUUUGUUAAUCAACGUGGAGAAGGCAUGGCUGCCCGUGUCCGUCC